GAGAGAAGAGGCAGCAAGAAGCAAGGAAGGGUCAGGGAAGCGAAGGCGGCAUGGCGUCCGACGACCUCAGCCUCGGGAGGGCCUUCGCCGUCCUGCUCGGGGUCUCCUCCCCCGUGAUCAUCUUCGCGGGCUACAGGGCCUACCGCACGGGCCGCCUCGCGAGGGGUUGGCGGCGGCUGCGCGUCUGGGCGCUCGGCGGCGUCACGACCCUGGAGGAGGCGCUGGGCUACAGCUGCGCCAUGUGCGGCGGGAGCUUCGACGCCCGCGAGGAGGUCCGCACGCUCUCCUGUGACCAUGUGUUCCACCGCUGCAAGGGCGACAAGUGCAAGCAUGUCAUCGACGACUGGCUCCGCGAGAACCGCGUCGCCUGCCCGGUCUGCCGCAAGGUCGCUCUCCCCGUGCUGCCGUGGAAGGCGCCGCCGACAUCGGCGCCGUCGGCGUCGGACUUGGAGGAUCCACUAGUGCGGCAGGCACCGGCACCACCAGCUUCGUCUUCUGGGUCGGAGGAGCCGCAGCUGCCGCUUUCGACGAUGGCGUCGGGGGAGGAGCCACCGCUGUAG